UUCUUCCAUUUCUUUCGAUUCUCAAUUUUGUUCAUACUUCUAUCUAUGUUCCCUUUUUUUCUUCUCUUUUCUUUUAAUAAUUGCUGCUGCUUCUUCUUGUGGUAAUAGUAAUAAAGAUGGUGUAUGGGUGCGAUACAGAUGAAUUGACACCAACAAUAUGCAUUUAAUGGACCUUUGUUUAUUUUUAUUUGCCUUCCCUUUUGAAGUAUGUUUAUCUGCAGGGAAAGAGGAAAACGGAUGAGAGGUUUGGAAAUGGGUGCUGGGUUUUUUACUGUGGCUACUUCCACCAAGCAAUUAGGUUGGCUCUCCUCUGUUUUGGCUGGUAUUUUGAUGUGUAAAGUUGUAUAUGACUUAACCGGUGUGAUUAGUGCGUCGUUGGUGAAGGAGUACAGAAGACUUAACCGGAAACAGAAACUAGAAUGGGACAACAGGGGGUUCUCCACCUUCCACGCCAUCGUUGCAUCAGCUUGUGCUCUGUAUCUCUUGCUCGUUUCUGACCUUUUUUACGAUUCUCGAGAGCAGUUGGUCAUCAAUCGGUCUUCAAGCUUUUCAAACACUACACUGGGGGUCUCAAUUGGGUACUUUUUAUCAGACUUGGCGAUGAUACUCUAUCAAUAUCCUGCCUUAGGUGGAGUGGAGUAUCUCAUACAUCACGGACUCUCCUUGUUUGCAAUUACUCAAUCACUUUUCAGCGGUCAAGCGCAAAUUUAUAUACUAAUGGUUCUCUUCACUGAAAGCACAACCCCAUUUGUUAAUCUACGAUGGUAUCUUGAUGUUGCCGGCCUGAAGAACUCCAAACUAUAUAUUUACAACGGUGUUACUCUGUUCUUGGGUUGGUUGGUUGCAAGGAUCUUUUUAUUUGUUUUCUACUUCUACCACAUGUACGUCCAUUUUGAUCAGGUGAAACUAGUGUACCCACUAGGAUUUUACAGCUUGCUUACGGUGCCCCCUGUGUUGGCGACGAUGAACUUGUUCUGGUUCUGGAAAAUCGCAAGAGGUAUGGUGAGGACGUUGAGCAAGGCUAGACACAGUCAAUAGUUUUUUACCAUUCUCAUGAGGCAAUCCAAUUACUAUCAACUCUCAACUAGAAUCUACACACCCUUCAGCAUUUGCUGUUAGUCAAGUUUGUUUUUUCCUCUGUAAUAUUACUCAGCAUUUUACCUCUGAUUCUUUAUACUUGUGGGCCAUGUUUGGUUGCCAGGAUUCUAUCUGGGAAAGUAAUCUGAUUCCUUAAAUUUUAAA